CCCACAUUAUCCCACAUUAAUCAGGGUUUUAAACUCGACCACCCACCCCAUCCCUCCAUCCCUCCUUCCAUCCCUCCUUCCAUCCUCCUUCCUUACCUUCGACUUCCAUCUCUCUCCUCCCCCCCUUCCCCCUCCUCCACCAAGGAAGAACAACAACUUACCAACUCCCAACGAAGCACAUUUAUCCAUCUGCCGAUCACCCUAUCUAUCCUCCUCGGGAUUGUUACCCACCCCCAAAAAACAACAAAAGAUAACCCCCCGCCACCGUAUCGUCAACAGCUGCCCAACAUGCAGUUCCCCAAGCCCGGAAGCAAGGGCGUCGAGCAUCAGGACCGCCCUGAUCCCGACGCCCACUCGGAUUCCGCCUCCACCGUCGACCCCGUCACCGAGCAGAAGGUCACCUUCGCCGCCUGCUUCCUCGGUCUCGUUGCCAGUAUCGGUGGUUUCAUGUUCGGAUAUGUCAGUGGUCAGAUCUCCGGUUUCUUCCUCAUGGAGGACUUUAUGCAGCGCUUCGGUGAACCCCAGGACGGCACCUACGUCUUCAGCGCCGCUCGCCAGGGUACCAUCGUCGGUCUUCUCUGCAUCGGCUGCCUCGUUGGCGCUCUUACCUCUGGUAAGCUUGCCGACACUCUCGGCCGUCGUCUGACCAUUUCGCUCUUCGCCUUCUUCUCUUGCAUCGGUAUCGUCAUCGAGAUUUCCUCCACCGACAAGUGGUACCAGUUCGCCAUCGGCCGCCUCGUUAAUGGUGUCGGUAUCGGUGCCCUCUCCGUCGUCGUCCCCAUGUACCAGUCCGAGUCUACCCCGGCCAUCGUUCGCGGUGUCAUUGUCUCGACCUACCAGCUCUUCAUCACUCUCGGCAUCUGGCUCGCCGAGGUUGUCAACUUUGCCACCCACAACAAGGUCGGCUCUGCUUCCUGGCGCAUCCCCAACGGCCUCGGCUUCGCCUGGGCCCUUAUUCUCGGUGGUGGAAUCCUCUUCUUGCCCGAGUCCCCUCGCUUCGCCUUCCGCCAAGGUCGCGAGGACGAGGCCCGCCGCAAUAUCGCCAAGCUUGCCGGCGUCGAGCCAAACUCCAGAUCCGUCAACGCUCAGAUCGACGACAUUCGCGCCAAGGUUGCCGAGGAGAGCGCUGGCGCCGACACCAGCAUCUGGGAGAUCUUCACCGGCCCCCGCAUGCUUUACCGCACCCUUCUCGGAGUUGUUCUCCAGGCCGGCCAGCAGCUGACCGGCGCCAACUUCUUCUUCUACUUCGGCACCACCGUCUUCUCCGCCACUGGCCUCAGCGACAGCUACGUCACCCAGCUCAUUCUCGGCUCCGUCAACGUUGCCUGCACCUUCGGUGGCUUGGUCGUCGUCAAGAAGUCUGGACGCCGCGUCGCCCUCAUCGUCGGUGCCCUGUGGAUGAUGAUGUGCUUCUUCGUCUACGCCUUUGUCGGCCACUUCGCCCUCGACCAGUCCAACCCCCAGAACUCCCCCGCUGCCGGAGCCGUCCUCGUCACCUUCUCCUGCUUGUUCAUCGCCGGCUUCGCCACAACUUGGGGUCCCCUCGUCUGGGCGGUCGUCGCCGAGCUGUACCCUGCCCGCUACCGCGCUCCCGCCAUGGCUCUCGCCACCGCCUCCAACUGGCUCUGGAACUUCCUCAUGUCCUUCUUCACUCGUUACAUCACCGAUGCCAUCGACUACCUCUACGGCCUCGUCUUCGCCGGAUGCUGUGCUGCCCUCGCCGUCAUCGUCUUCUUCUUCGUCAUCGAGUCCAAGGACCGCACCCUCGAGGAGAUCGACACCAUGUACGUCCAGCACGUCAACCCCAUCACCUCGGCCAAGUGGCGCGGCGAGUCCCGCAAGGCCCACGAGUCGGGCAGCGAGGCCGAGAAGGCUGAAACCGCCGUCUAAACACCUCGCCCAUCUGGAUACAGCUUCUUCGAACCCUGUCGCAUCAUUCAGCAGACGUGACAUUCAGCAUGCGUACACGGCAUGCACCAAUGGCCCCUUGGGCCAGUACUUGUAUCAUACAACCUUCAUUGCGGUGGCGUUGGGCGGCAUUCUGUAUUCUUAAGAAAAGAAUUGUUCAUGAGGAAUGAGAAUUAUUUAAUUGAUUAACAA